GUGCGUGGUCCACUACUUACUAUAAAACCUCGCACUUAGACCGGCCGGUAUCUGUUGAAAGUGAAAGUGCUAGCGUGUUGAUUAUUCGAGCGACGACCCGGAGAGCGAAACCCGUGUAAUUGGAGAGAAAGCGUUGACCGUCCGCCUGUCAUCUACCAUUUGUCUGGAAAUUGAUGCCGGCUUGCCCUCUCAGCCAACCGCACGCCGUCUGAGCGCAGUGCAGGGGUAAGCACGAGCUAGUGCCGCAGACAGGAGGAAUUUCUGGUGCUCACUGAUCGUAUGCUGCAUACUAAAACAUCCCCGUGAUAAGUCUACACCGUGUGCUAGGGGAGGCAUGGCAGCUGAAAUGGCUCCAGUGAAAGAGAGAGAGUCCUUCGAGAAGGCUUACCACGUCGGAGCGAUGCUCGGAAGCGGCGGGUUCGGCACCGUGUACGCCGGUACAAGGGUACGGGACGGGCUACCGGUGGCCAUCAAGCAUAUAGCGAGAGAGAAAGUCACAGAAUGGGGACAGUUGAACGGAGUGCCGGUUCCCCUAGAGAUCGUCCUAUUGCGGCGAGUCGUCGGCCACGAUGGUAUCAUCAAGUUGUUGGACUGGUACGAGCGGCCGGAUUCCUACAUUCUCAUCUUGGAGCGGCCCGAGCCAGUCAAGGACUUGUUUGACUUUAUCACAGAAAAGGGUGCCCUGGACGAAGACUUGAGCAGAGACUUUAUGCUGCAGAUCGUGUACAUGGUCAGGCACUGCCACAACCAAGGUGUGGUGCACAGAGACAUCAAAGACGAGAACUUGUUAGUCGAGCUCAAGACGGGAAGACUCAAGCUCAUCGACUUCGGCUCUGGCGCCUUCCUCAAAGACACAGUCUACACAGAUUUUGAUGGAACGAGAGUAUACAGUCCGCCCGAGUGGAUCCGCUUCCAUCGCUACCACGGGCGCUCCGCAACGGUCUGGUCGCUGGGCAUCCUGCUGUACGACAUGGUCUGCGGCGACAUUCCCUUCGAGCGCGACAGCGAAAUCUGCAGAGGCGAGGUGUACUUCAGAAGACGGAUAUCAAAAGAGUGUGAAGACCUAAUCAAGUGGAUGUUGGCAAUCCGUCCGUCCGACCGUCCUUCUCUCGAGCAGAUCCUAGAACAUCCGUGGAUGCUGAAGGGCAGGGGCCUGUCCAGCGAAGACGUCCGACGGGAGUCUCUAGAAACCGCAUGCCCCAGCAGCAGCCAGGAGAGCAUCUAAGUGCUGUUGCCAGAGCUCGGACAAUGUUCUGUGUACCAGUCUGUGUAUUAUGUGUGUCGGACUUCUGCAAAAGCCAAGGAAAAACUGUGUGCUCGCAGGGUUUCCCAAAAGCGUGCGUCGGACAGACUUGUGGUGCUCGUGUUGCGGACAGCCCAGUGCAAUGCUACCACACACACCGGUCAUCGUUCUGCCUUGGACAGUUUUUAUGUACAAAACAAGAGAGACUCCUCGCCACAGAAUGCUGCUACCUCGACACCAGAAACCUCAACAGUGUUGGUCGCUGAGGUUAGCCAAGAGCCAACUUCCACACACCCCCAUCAGCCAACCGUUCCCGUCGUGCCAUACCAGCUUCAUAUCCACUCAAGACAAGGUUGCGUCGAAACCAAAUGAACUCUAGAUCCGUACGCACUACCCAUAUUUAGAUAUCCGCCUCUCACACACCCUCGACAGUCCCCUGCGAGGGAUUCCACCGCUAACUGCCUCUGUAACCAGACUCCUAAGACUGAGCUGACACGCCUGCUAUAUUUAGUGCUCAAGAAUGUAGCUCACAGCCCUGAGUAUGGAGACCGACCCUAUGUAUAACUUCCUAUUCCCAGAGAGAAGCCAUUUUGUGCAGUAUAUACACUUUUGCUAGACCCAGUUUCUAUGACAUGUACACAAGAAAGAUUCGGUAGUGCUGUGCACGCAAAUUUGUGGCUGGACUUUGUUAAAUAGCUGUCCACUUUUUUAAAAAGACAAGAUAUUUCUUAAGGAACGUUUGAUUACUAAACAAAAUGCAAUUUAUUUUUGGAAACAACGCUCGCGGUCAGCUAAGUACCAUUUUGGUUAUGUGAAACUGCCUUAUGAACUAGUAACUCGGUGUACAGAAUCACCACUCAUGUGUUGACCAAUACUGUGACGUAACACUGUGUAUAACUAAGGUCCUGAUUUUAAGUUAUUGAACCAAAAGUCGAUGUCUACUCGAUGCUGCAAGUUGGACACUCAUAGUUCCAUCCACUUGUGUAUCAGAUCCUCAGUAUUAUUGUAAGUAUAGAAAGAACGGAGCACUCAGCUGUAAAUUUUCUGUGAGAGAAAGGUGCUGAUCCCAAAUUCCCUUGUGCAGUGACCAACUUGCAGUAACUAGUGGGUUGCCAUGUAUGUGUACAUAAGGACAAAGUAUUUAUUUAUUGGACGACUGCAAUUUCAAUCGUCGUCAAGACUUUUUUUCCUAGAGGGAGCCCUGUAUAUAAAUUUGCUCCCCGAAGCUCGUGACUAAAUUAUUGAAAUGAAGAAUUUAGAUUCGUAGCACCAUUUUGAGCAAUAGUGUGAGCCAUUGUUUAAGUGAAUUGGAAGACGUGUCCGCAAUUGCCAUUUUAACUUAUUAUUGCACACAUUUUAUUUUAUGUUGUCUCACUAGUGUAAGGAAUUUCCAAAGCACAAUGCAGUCGAGAAAUUAGAUGGUAGCGUCACGUGUAAUGUUAGUACUUGCGUAUAUUGUUCAUUGAUGAAUUGUUAUGUGUCCACAUCCUCUGUGUACCAAGGAAAUGGAGAAAUGUUCCUGGAGUAUUUUUUUAUAUUGAUCGAUAUGCUCUCAUUUCUUGUUAUUUCAAAGAUGAAUAAAAGUCAAUCGAGAAUAUA